UCAUCAUAUCCCACACUCUAAAUUCUCUCAAAAGCUUGUAAUCUUCUAAACCUAAACUUCCCAAUUUCCAUCAUCAAUGGAGCAGGUCACAAGCAUGGCAGCCGAAAGGCCAGUCGUAAUAUUCAGCAAAAGCACGUGUCCCAUGUCAUUCACGGUCGAGUCCUUGUUCCUCGAGUUUGGAGUCAAUCCGGCCAUCCAUGACCUAGAUCAGCUUCCCUCCGGUUGGGGCCAUGAGAUCGAAAAUGCUCUCUCCCGCCUCGGAUGCAAUCCCUCCAUCCCCGCUGUAUUCAUCGGAGGGAAGCUCGUGGGCGGAACAAACGAGGUCAUGAGUCUCCACCUCAAACGGAGCCUAAUUCCCAUGCUAAAGCGUGUCGGCGCCCUAUGGGUUUAAUCGAUCGGGCAGAGGUUCUAUUUUGGGAAUAAAUCUAUGGUGGAGAUUAAUAUUACUCAAAGUGGAUAAUUAAUCUAUAAAAAUAAACUUCCGAUUAAAUUAU